AUGCCUCAUCAUGCAGUACCAGACGCACCUGCACAAAGUCCUCCCAAUGAGGAAUUUUCUUGUAUUGAAGAUGCGUCUAUUUGUGCACAGGACCUUUCCCUACCUUAUUCUGGUGAGAUGAACGCGGACAUCUCGCCGCAACCGUGGAGCGACCGAGCAGAUCUACAGAUUUCUGCUUCACAGGCUCCAGAUACACCGUUGAACAAAACUGUGCAUCAGAAAUUUGAAUAUGUCAAGUCAUGGAGCCUAAACACCUUGAAGUGCACGAGACAGCUUAUUGAAGAGAAACUAGGAACCACUAUUCCAACUCGUGAUAAAAUGUUGGAUCUGCGCAUCGAAGCGAUCAAACUGUAG